UUUAUAGGCUUAUUAAGUUCUGUUUUUGGAAAGUAAAUACAUUUAUUAAUGUAAUUUGAUAUAAACAAACAACAAACAGUUCGAAAAACUCACAAUUAGGUUUGUUACUUCAGUUUGUGGGUGGCACAACCAUAUCAUUUCAUGAUUUAUACUCCGAAUAAUAACUGCUUUACUUAAAUCAUGUUUCUCAUAAUUAUCUUGGUCACAGCUAGACAAAAUAGUCGUUCCCUAAUCUAUUGUCUAGUUAUAAAGCAGUUGAGCUGGGUAAAUACACAAACCCUAUACUUUAUGGCAGACCUGUAAAACUUAAGCCUUGUGCUUAAAAUGACGAGCAACAGAUGAGUAAUCAAAAAUGAUGAAUUGUUUGUUUGCCUUUCUGGGGACUCUGGCAUUUCGGGGCUAAUUUUGCAUAACCCUUUGGCAACAGCAUUUCAGUUAGGGCCGGUUAUCUGAGCAGGAAGUGUUUGCUUGCCAUAAGCCAAAAUGGAUAAAGAGCAGCGGAAACUGCAGCAAAAUGGCAACGAACCUAGGAUCGUUUCGGGAUUGAAUCAUCCUCUGAAGACUCCUCCACCUGGAGAACAAACGAGGGCAGUGCGACGACAGUUGGUGGCCGUCAUCCUGGCCAAUGUGGGUGUCAUCUCAACGGGAUUGACCUUGGCUCUGCCCACUGCUACUUUGCACCAACUCAAGAGCACCACGGAACCCGUGCACCUUAAUGAUUCCCAGGCAACCUGGUUCGCCUCGGUCAACGCUCUAUCAGCUCCUCUGGGUGGACUACUCUCGGGUUGCCUGCUCGACAGGAUCGGCAGGAAGAGGUCCUUGAUCCUGCUCAAUGUGAUCACUGUUCUGGCCUGGAUUCUCCUAGCCACGCCAAGUCAAAGCGACUCAAACCACUUCUUUUGGCAGCUCAUCGUCGCGAGAUUUAUUCUGGGUAUUGGAAUGGGUUUGGCCAGCGCUCCUCCAGGAGUUUAUGCAGCCGAGAUCAGUGUGCCUAAGACGCGGGGCAGCCUCAUUCUGGGCACCUCCAUUUCGGUGGCCGGUGGCAUAACGAUUCUCUACGCGAUCGGCUACUUCAUUCGCGAUGACUUCCGGCUGAUUUCCUUGAUCUGCUGUGGCUACCAGCUGGUCGCCUUGCUCUGUGUUCUGCCACUCCCAGAAAGCCAUUGCUGGUUGCUAUCCAAAAAGCGAGUCACGGAGGCCAAGAGAUCUCUCAACUACUUUCGCGGAUUCGAUAAGUCGGAUGAAAUCACACAUCCCCAAGUGCUGGAGGAGUUCCAACUGCUGCACAAAUCGCUGCAACAACGCGAUGCCGAGGUGAAGGAGUCUCUCCUUUGGAGUCUCAAGCAUCCGGAGGUGCGGAAGCCACUGGGCAUCCUGAUGACCCUGUUCGCCUUCCAGCAGCUGACCGGCAUCUUCGUGGUCAUCGUGUUCGCAGUUCAGAUCUCCGAGGAGGCUGGCAUCAAAGUGGAUCCCUUCGUGUGCGCCGUGCUGAUUGGUUUGGCCCGCCUGGUUACCACUUGUCCCAUGGGCUACAUCCUGGAGCUCUGGGGUCGGCGGAGGGCGGGAAUGAUCUCCGCAACGGGCAUGGCCAUCUGCAUGUUCCUCUUGGCCGGACAGAGCCAAGUGGAGUUCCUGAGAACGGUUCCCUAUCUUCCAGUGGUGGCCAUCGUGGGCUUCAUUGUGCUGAGCACCUUGGGUCUCUACACCCUGCCCUUCUUCAUGAUCUCCGAGCUGUUCCCCCAAAGGGUUAGGGGUCCUGCCUCGGGAGUCACGGUUGCCGUGGGCAUGUUCAUCUCCUUCCUGGUCCUGAAAACCUAUCCCGGUGUGAAGAACUCCAUUGGACUGGCGAACUGCUUCAUCUUCUUCGGGGUAAUGGCUUUGCUGGCCCUGCUCUUCAUUUACUGGGCUCUUCCGGAGACAAGACGACGCACUCUCCUGGAGAUCGAGGAGCAGUUCCGAACGGGGAAGAGCAGUAGACCCCGAAACCCAGUCGAUGUGGAAAUGAAGGAGGUGUUCGUACGCAAGCCGGAGGAGUAAUCUAAUUUGAUAUAGAGUUACCUUAGGUAGAACAUAGAGUGCCUAGUACUGUGAUAGAUAAUAACUACGGAAAUAAAACAAGGUUGACAAAAGAUAACAAAACUUCUUUUAGGAAUUCAUUAUAUGUAUCAUAUAUGUUUACUUGCACUGCCAAUCUAAUUGAAAUAGAAAGUAACUGAAAAUCAAGUUUAUAAUGUUGACCUGUUGUACAAUUAUCUACAUUUAAGUACUUGAGGAAUAGUUAGACUCUCUUUUAAGGUAAAAUAAAUCCAAAACAAAUUCACAGUAUAUAAAUUUAACAAUUUACUAGUAAAGAGUUUCGUUACCAGA